GGUCAUAUAAAGGAUCGCCAUUUUUUGGACACUUUCCGCAAUUACCAUCGUCUAUUCUUUAUUUCUUAUUUUUGGAAAACAUAUUUACAAAAUAAUAAGUAUAAUGGAUCCUCUUACUCACUUGUCGGAAGAAGCUUUGCUUGAGGAUUACGAUGAGACAAUGGAGGUGGACUCAGCUGCGACGACUACUACUACAGGUUCUACCAGCCAGUCUGAAGUUGUCGCUGUCAUCGAGAGCUCAACAGCCAUCGUGGUCACUGACCAAGAGGUCCCUUUGACCUCACCUGAAAAUUCCUCUGCCCCUGCAGUGGUACCGGCUCCUGACGCCAACAUAACUACAAAUCCUGACCCAGUAUCAGGUGCCGUGGAAGCCUCUGGUUCGAAUCCGGUCGGGAAUUCGCGAAACCUUGCUAAAAAUUGUCGCAUUUGUGAUCGCAAGCAUCAAUUGUCUUCGUGUCGAAAAUUCAUAAAUAUGACUUGUGAAAAGAGAAUUAGGAUGGUGCUACUACACCAUUAUUGCUCUCGUUGUUUUUCCGCAAAUCAUAUUUCCCGCGAUUGCUCAAGUCAAGGAUGUUGUAAAACAUGUAAAGGAAAACAUCAUUCGAUGUUACACUAUGACAAUAACGUCGCGGCGAAACAAAUGAAAUCCAAAAAACGCUCGCGAACUAGCGAUCCUCGACCUGCUGUUUCGAAUGAACUUCCGUCAAUGCCAUUGUUUCACCCCGUGUCGUUUUCUCCAACGGCUACUGUUUUGCUGCUCAUUUCGGACAAGAGCAUUCGGGUACGGGCAGUUUUAGACCUUUGCUGUAGCAUGAGCUAUAUUUGCUCAAGUUUAGUGGCAAACCUAAAGCUGCCCGUCUCCACCGUUAAUGAAGAAAAAUUUUGCAAAGUCAAUAUAUGUUCUCUUUAUGAGGCAUCGCGACAAAUUUCAUUGACGGUAAAGGUAAAAACAAUGCAUGGCAUAAAAACUCCUGUAGAAACGGUUUCGGACACUAUAAAAGAUCAUUUUGAGGGUAUGCAAUUGGCAGAUCCGAGUUUUAAUAUGUCCGGAAAAGUCGCGCUCGUAAUUGGUCCUGAGGUAGCACCGCAAAUUAUGAGAGGUAAAAUCUAUUCGAACCCGGGACUUCCUAUGGCUCAAUACACCAUCUUUGGUUGGGUCAUUUCUGGCCAAGCCCCUCGUUAAGGGCCCAGUUCAUGGUCUGAUUCAAAACCAUACUCUCUUGAGUGCAGUAUGUAGUCUGUGUCAAACUACAUCCCAUAGACCUUGUUCUAUGGGAACCUUUUUAUUUAUAUCUACAUAUGUACCAGCUGGU